AUGAAUGGAUUAAGGAGUCUGAUUUACCCAUCAAGUAUGCUGGCAUUUCAACAUGUUUCCGGCAAGAAGUUGGAAGCCAUGGGAGGGAUACCAGAGGUAUCUUCAGGGUUCCAUCAGUUCGAGAAGGUUGAACAGUUUGUAAUUUGUUCACCAUUGAACAACGAGUCGUGGAAAAUGUUUGAUGAGAUGAUAUUCAACGCCGAAGAGUACUGUCAGCUUUUGGGAAUACCGUAUCAGAUAGUAUGCAUUGUGUCAGGUGAACUCAACAAUGCGGCUUCGAAGAAGCUCGAUUUGGAAGCGUGGUUCCCUGGCUCGGGAGCUUUCCGUGAAUUGGUAUCAUGUUCAAAUUGUACGGAUUACCAAGCUCGUCGGUUGAAAGUUCGUUAUGGAAUGACGAAAAAGAUGGAUGGUGAAGUUCCUUUUGUGCACAUGCUGAAUGCAACGAUGUGUGCUACUACACGAGUAUUGUGCGCUUUACUAGAAAAUUAUCAAACUGAAGACGGGAUUACUGUACCAGAAAUUCUCCAUCCAUUCAUGCCAGAAAAAUACCGUACAUUCAUUCCAUUCGUGAAAGCAGCACCGAUUGACGAAGAGGUGAAAAAGAAGGGUGGAAAAUAA